CGCGCUGACGCGACUGCGCAGUGCGGCGUUGCUGGUGCUGUUGGAAAGUUUGUAUCACUCUUUACAUUUUGGCGAAGAUAUCACUCGAUAAUGUCACAUCCCGCAGUAGACGGACUGUUUCGGACAUUUUGCUGGUAGUAGGGAGAAGGAGCAGAGCGGACAUGGCCGUUGCAGUCGCUCAUCAUCACCGAGCUGCUGCCGGGUACCGUGGGUCUGGGUUCUGUUUGAACCGAAACUAAAUGGAGUUUCUGCCGUUGGACUCUGCGUACUGGCCUAACCGCCACCAAUAACAACUCUUUAAGAGAGACCGUAUACCAUGAUGCUCCCACUUUAACAAGAAUACAAUUCUCAUACCUGGAUUGGAUUUAUCGGUAAACACCAUCACCAUGUCUGACCAAAACUACUAUUGGACCGUGUUGCCGAGCUACAAAACUAGUUUUGUGACUGGGGCCAUGAUGAAAAGAUCAAAAAGUUCCCGUAACAACAAGAGAAGGAGUUUGGCAGUCGGGACCCCGUCGCCCACGCUCUCACGGCCUCUUUCGCCUCUCCCGCUUGCCACAGCUGGCAGCAGCCCUUCAGAAAGCCCCAGAAAUGUCUCUGCAAGCACUUCUGCUAACUUCCAGUUUGCCCGCAGAGCGGAUGGGCGAAGGUGGUCUGUGGCGUCCGUUCCCUCGUCUGGAUACUGCACCAGUGCACCCAGUUCAUCGGUGUCUUCCUCUUCUUCCCAGGAGUUAUUGCACCAGUUGCCCUUCCAGCCCACGCAAGAUGAUCUCCACUUCCUGUUCAAACAUUUCCGGAGCACAGAGAGUGUGGCGGACGAAGAAGGAGCACACGUCUCGCCCCCUGUCAGGCUCCGCUCACGCAGUCUCAGCCCUGGACGGACCUGUGGAACAUUUGACAAUGAAAUUGUCAUGAUGAAUCAUGUCUACAAAGAACGCUUUCCUAAGGCGACAGCCCAGAUGGAGGGUCGGCUGCUGGACGUCAUCGCAGAGUGUUCCCCAGACACUGCUCUGCCCCUGGCUGAUGGCGUGCUGGGAUUCAUCCAGCACCAGCUGGUGGAGCUCGCCAGAGACUGUCUGGACAAGUCCCAGAAAGGCCUGGUCACCUCCAGGUACUUUGUGGAGCUGCAGGAGAAACUGGAGAAGCUGCUGCACGAGGCGUAUGAGCGUUCAGAGAGCGAGGACGUAACCAUCAUUACCAAACUGGUCAAGAAGAUUCUCAUCAUCAUCUCCCGGCCUGCCAGGCUCCUGGAGUGUCUGGAGUUUGAUCCGGAGGAGUUUUACCAACGUUUGGAGGUUGCAGAGGGUCAAGCCAAGGUGGGCCAGGGCAUCAAGACUGAUAUUCCCAGAUACAUCAUCAGCCAGCUCGGCCUCACCAGGGAUCCCUUGGAAGAGAUGGUCCACCUGGAGCAGACGAGUCCGAGUCACAGAGCCGCCAGCAGAGAGUCUGAUGAGACGGGAGAGGCCACACCUAUACAGAGCCGAGCAGCCUGCACCCCUCCUCGCAGGAAACCACUGGAGAGCGACUUUGAGACUAUCAAGCUCAUUAGUAAUGGCGCCUACGGGACUGUAUUCCUGGUGCGCCACAAGGAGACCCGUCAACGUUUUGCCAUGAAGAAGAUCAACCGGCAGAACCUGAUGCUUAGGAACCAAAUCCAGCAGGUGUUUGUGGAGCGAGACAUCCUCACCUUUGCCGAAAACCCAUUUGUGGUUUCGAUGUUCUGCUCUUUUGAGACGCGGAGGCACCUCUGCAUGGUCAUGGAGUAUGUGGAAGGUGGGGAUUGUGCCAACUUACUGAAGAACAUUGGCCCCCUGCCUGUGGACAUGGCUCGGAUGUAUUUUGCAGAGACUGUCCUGGCUUUGGAGUACCUUCAUAACUAUGGCAUUGUACACAGAGACCUCAAACCUGACAAUUUGUUAAUUACCUCCAUGGGACACAUUAAGCUGACAGACUUUGGGCUGUCAAAGAUUGGUCUGAUGAACAUGACCACCAACUUGUAUGAAGGACAUAUUGAAAAGGAUACCAGAGAGUUCAUCGACAAACAGGUGUGUGGUACUCCAGAGUACAUUGCCCCAGAGGUUAUCCUGAGGCAGGGCUAUGGGAAGCCAGUAGACUGGUGGGCUAUGGGAAUCAUCCUCUAUGAGUUCUUAGUGGGCUGUGUGCCUUUCUUUGGAGACACACCAGAACAGCUCUUUGGUCAGGUGGUCAACGAUGACAUCAUCUGGCCAGAAGGGGAGGACGCACUGCCAGCUGAUGCCCAGGACCUUAUCACCAGGCUGCUGAGACAGAGCCCUCUGGAGCGCCUGGGAACAGGUGGAACCACUGAGGUGAAAAUGCACAUGUUCUUCCUGGGUCUGGACUGGAACGGCCUCCUGAGACAGAAAGCUGAAUUCAUACCUCAACUAGAGACUGAGGAUGACACCAGUUACUUUGACACCCGAUCUGAGCGCUACUGUCACCUGGACUCCGAUGACGAUGAUGAAACCAACGAUGAUGAAUCCUCUCUGGAGCUCCGACAGUUCUCCUCUGUGGCCCACCGCUUCAGCAAGGUGUACAGCAGCACAGAGCACCUGUCCACCUCCACACCAUCCAACCAGAGCCUGUCGUCGUCGUCGGAGCGGAGCCACAGCGAGGAGAAGGAGGAGCGAUGGGAGGGCAGGGGAGUCCUCUCCCCUGGCGAUGGACACAAACACUUGGCUAGUGGAGACAGGAGGGCAGAUGGACACAGGGGGAGUCUGCGUCCCCGUGCUUCGUCCAGCUCGUCCCAGUCAGAGCGCAGCACCAGCCCACUGGUGAUGAACAGCACCCAGAGCCUCGACAUCAUGCCUCGCUUCGCCAUCUCUGCCGAGGAGGAAGACGGAAUGGUGUCCAACCUGCGCCGCAUUCGGCUCCGGAGCAACAGCACAGGCACCCGGCCGUCCUUCCGAAGAGGGGCGUCCCGGCGCAUCGCCCACCAGCUGGAGACCCCGGAGAAACCCAGACCCCCAGCUGCGAAGGUCCCCAAGUCGGCCUCUGUCUCUGGCCUGUCCCUCAUCAUCACCCCAGACGACUCAGCGGGUCCUCCCACGAGCCCCAAAUCCUCCCUGUCCCUGUCGUCCAACCCCUCGUCCAGAGACUCGUCCCCCAGCAGGGACCUCUCGGUCAGCGUCAGCUGCCUCAGGCCUCCCGUGGUCAUCCACAGCUCUGGGAAGAGGUUUGGCUUUGCGUUGCGAGCAAUCCGAGUCUACAUGGGAGACAGCGACGUCUACACUGUUCACCACAUGGUCUGGUGUGUUGAGGAAGGCAGUCCAGCCCACGAGGCAGGAUUAAGGGCUGGUGACCUCAUCACUCACGUCAACGGGGAGUCGGUCCAGGGACUCGUCCACACUGAGGUGGUGGAGCUCCUGCUCAAGAGUGGCAACCGGGUGACCCUGCAGACUACUGCACUGGAGAACACGUCUAUCAAGGUGGGCCCUGCCAGAAAAGCGAGCUACAAGGCCAAGAUGGCCCGGCGCAGCAAGAAGAGCAAGAGGAAGGACGGACAAGACAGCCGACGUCGUAGCAUCCUGAAGAAGCUGUCUAAGCACACACCUCCUCCGCCCAUGCAGAGCAGUCGUAGCUUCUCUUCAGGUUUCCACCAGUCAUCUAGCGACAGCCUCUCCGGCUCCCCCACGCAGAGUCUCUCUCCGGGGCCGUCUACGCCUUGUCGCUCUCCUGCUCCUGAUCACUCCGGAGAUUCAAGUUCUUCUCCUUGCUCCAGCUCCCCUAACUCGCCUGUACCACAGGCCCGUCCCAGUUCCCUACAUGUCCUGGGCCGCUACACCAAAGCUGGCCGCUGCAAGUCCACCAGCAGUAUUCCUCCUUCGCCGCUGGCCUGCAUCCCACCUCCUCAGCCCCUCUCUCCCCAGUGCUCUCCAUCCUGCCUCCCCUGUCACCCCAAGUCCCUACAGGGUUUCCACGGCAAGACAUUGUCCCCACCCACUAUCACCCGCCAUUCCGUGCGUCCCCGCAGCGCAGAACCGCCACGCUCCCCGCUCCUCAAGAGGGUCCAAUCGGCAGAGAAGCUGACAGGAGACAAGAUGACGGGGGGCUACCAUGGAGACAGGAAGGCCUACAGCACCCGCCGUCACACCAUGGAGGUUCCUCUGUCAGAAGGGGAGGGGCUGGAGGACUUGGAGGGGGACACCACGACCGGGUUCGUCUGCGUGGGUGAGCACGGCCGUCAGGGUCUGUACAUAGGAGGGCAGAGAGGCCACCAGGACGCAGCCAGCGGAGGCAGCGAGCACUACCGCUCCACUGCCUCGCCGCAACACCGCGGCGGCAACCACCACCACUCCAGUGAGGUGGUGGUGAUGAGGAAGCUGGCGCUGUCGGACCGGAGGGACUCCUUCAAGAAACAGGAGGCCGUGCAGGAAGUGAGUUUCGACGAUUUGGAGGAGCGAGAGGCGACGCCGAGCCCGGCGCUUCCCGUCACGCAGCCCAAGGCAUUCAAGGCAUCCUGGAUCAACUCGGCCCAGUCGGAAUCCGCCGUGAAGCCGGAAGGAAGAGGAUCGCAGGGUACAACGACACCGCAGAAAGCCAAGUCAAAAGACAAAGAGAGGUUUUAGUUCUGUCACUUUGCCAGGGAUAACGGGUCAAUAAAGAGACAAGAGAAAAGUGAAGUCUUUGACCUGCUACUGUACCUACAUUUGAAGGCCUCGCAUGUGCGUCCAGAAAACUGUGACCAAGUUCCCAAAUCAUCACAGGGAACCGCUUGAAAGACUGAAGAACAAAUUAACAUUGAUGUUUCUCAGUAAUAAAUAUGCAUCCUGCAACACUGUUAACAGAAUAAUGACUGUCCAAACUAUGUUUACUUCCUAGUUGCUUGUUUUCUCUCUCGGUUCUCAAAUCACUGUGGCACCUGCAACUGAUGUAUUUUGUAAAUAUCUUUUUGUUUUAAAUGAAGAAACUUAUUUAUGACUUUUUUUAUGCUCAUCUUGUUUUGUUUUUUUUCUUUUUUUUGGUUGCUGAAAAUGCCUCGGAUGCUUCAGCUGUUCUUAGUUCAGGAAUUGCACAAAAGACAAGCCACGCAUUGUGGUUUUACAGCAGGUGCAGAAAAAGACCAGCUGACAACAUCAGUCGAUAUUGUACCAUAUAUCUUUUUUUUAUUAUUUUUUUUUUUUACCUCAAUGCCUGAAGAACUGGGUGUUAUUUCAUGUUCAGAUUGGGUCUUUGAAACAAAAUUGCAGUGUUUGUCCUGCGACAUUUAACGUAUAAUAGAAUUUCAGAAGAUAUUCUGCGCUGCCUCUCUAUCAUACGGAUUGUUGUGGCGACCAUUUGGACUCAUCGAUCCCGAACACAGGCCUUGUAUAAACAUUUUGAAAUGACAGAAAUAUCAACAUCUCAAUAGUCGGAAGCCUAGGUGCGGUGCCAAAGCAUGGUUUAACCAUAGGAACCAUUUAAAAAGAGGUACUGUAGUUGUACAUAAGAAGUGUCAUGCAUGCAUGUGCUCUACUUCCACUUUCUGUCUGUCCUGUGAAAAAGUGUGUCACUCCUCUAGCAGCGUUUUAAAUCAUAACCUAUCAACAUACUGGUGUGUGGAUAAAGCUUUGUGACUACCUUGGGAACCCAGGCUGUUGUCUCUGUCCUCUAAUACCUUUUGAAUCAAGCCUCCGUCCAGCUCCUUACAAACCUAGUCUAGCUGAAAUGUUUGCACAAUGUGUAGUAGCCGUAUAACAGUUCGAGCAAAUUUAUAUUUCAAAGAUGAUUUCCAAAACUGGUUUUAAAAAAAAAAAAAGAAAAAAAGAAGUGUGUUAUGAAUGAAUGUUUACAUUUUAGUGCAAAUAUGUGUGUGGACUUGAUGAUUUUUGUUAAAUUAUUAUGGAGGGAAAAAAAAAAAAAAGAAUGAUUUCAACCAGAGGCCCUGAGUAGAUGAAGAAAUGAGUAAAGGUGAUAUCCUUUUGUAUAUUUUGAUAUGGAAACAAGUCUUGUUGCAGUAAUAAUAACCUACGCUGUUGAUGUAUAUUGUAUAAACAA